UAUACAUUAAGUAACACUCGAGCCAUAGAUGUUGAUCGUGGCUGAAUUACGUAACUUGGUUACACAAGUUCAAUGUGAACGCGCUAUUUACUGCUCUCUCUCCGGACUCCAUGCCAGCACUAACUCGUCUGCUUAUAAAUUGGCGUCACUUUGCCUACAGUAGAAUGGGAGACAUGUCUUCCAAAAUACAAUUACCAACUGCAGAGGCGGCACUUCCUGGCAGAAGUGAAAAACUACAAGUUUCAGGGAAACAUCACAUUAAUGGAAAUAAGACUGAGCCGCCAUUCCCUGAGGGAUUGCAGAUGGCCAUGUUUGGCAUGGGCUGUUUCUGGGGAGCAGAGAAGAAAUUCUGGAGACAGAAUGGUGUGUAUUCCACGCAGGUGGGCUAUGCUGGUGGAUUCACUCCUAACCCAACCUAUGAGGAAGUCUGUAAAGGUAAAACUGGACAUGCAGAGGUUGUUCGAGUUGUGUACCAGCCUGGAAAAAUCAGCUAUGAAAAGCUACUGAAGGUGUUUUGGGAGAGCCAUGAUCCCACACAAGGAAUGCGGCAGGGCAAUGAUAUAGGAACACAAUAUCGAUCUGCUAUCUACACUUCCUCUCAGGAGCAGACAGAUGCAGCUAUCAGGUCUAAAGAGGAAUACCAAAAGGUCUUGACUGAAAAUGGUUAUGGACAAAUAACCACUGAAAUCCGCGAAGGCCCAGAAUUCUACUAUGCUGAGGAUUACCAUCAGCAGUACCUGAGCAAGAACCCAGGAGGCUACUGCGGACUGGGCGGCACUGGAGUGUCCUGUCCAGUCGGACUGAAGCAUUGACACACUUCUCUUAUCUUCAUAAGACAAUGUGUAGCGGAAGUUGCCUUAAUCAUCAAAAAAUGCCACGAAUCAGAAUUUAAUUAGCAAUUAAAUUUAAUUUAAUUUCAUGAGUGUUAAUUAAAUUAGUUAAUUUAAUUUUAUUUGAUGGGUGUGAGAUACCGAGCCUAUUGUCUAAGCUGUACAUUUACAGGUUAAUUAGGAGUUAGGGGUUUUAUAAAGUUAAAAAAAUACAUAAUCUAAACAAAGAUUUCUCAAUAUAGUCCAUUUAAAUUUCUGUUACACAAUGCUUAUGCUUUUAAUGUAAGGAAAAGCUUUCUUGUAUUUUUUUUCUACAGAGGUGUUUAUUUUCUUUUAGGAUAAUGUAGGUCAUCCAAUUAGAUGAAUAUGGGCAAUACAUAUACAGACUAUAGAUUGUGUAGUUCUGAAUAUCUGCUUUUCUUUGAGUGACAUUUGAUGCAUUUUCAUAUUGUUGGAUUGCCACUCUCACAUACUAAGUGCAUUAAAAUAUUUUACUUUCUGCUAG